CUCACUUUUAUCAUUCACUAUGGCUACUUCAGACCUCAAAACAUACAAAGGCAACUGUCACUGCGGCAAGUUCAGAUUCGAGAUCGACGUCCCACCAAUCGAAAAAGUCGAGAGCUGCAACUGCAGCAUAUGCGUCAAGAAAGGCUAUCUAUGGACAUUUCUGGCAGAGAAACGAUUUCGGGUCACGAAAGGUGCAGAAGAUGAGUUGACUAGUUAUUGGUUCGGGAGUAAGACUAUGCCGCACAAGUUUUGUCCUAUCUGUGGUACGUCGGUGAUGCUGAGGAAGAUGCAUCCACCGAGAGAGGAUGAAGAGAUUUAUGUGAAUGUACGGACAUUGACAGAAGUGAACCCUUUUCAUCUCAACAGCAAAAAAUUUGAUGGCAAAAAUAUAUAUCCAGAUGAUGGCAAACAAUCUCUCAAAGACGAGCCACCUAAAAUUGAUGCAGAGGACUCCAAUAUUUACACUGGAGGCUGCCACUGUGGUGCCGUGACCCUCGUGCUGAAAAGUGGUCUACUUUCGGAAAUUCAAAUCAAAGAAGAUAACUGCAGUAUCUGUAGGAGACAUGCGAAUGUCUGCAUCCAUCCCAAAAAGUCUCAAGUCACCAUUUCAGGAGGAGAGAACACCACCGAGUAUCUCUUUGGAAGAAAGUUCACUGGGCAUUGCUUCUGCAAAAUUUGUGGAGUGCCACUGUUCAUGAGACUUCAUGGACCACCAAAAGAGCUCGUUGAUACUUGGUCCGAGGAUAAACAGAAUAUGGUGAAAGAGAAGCUCGAAAUAAUUCCUAUCAGGUUGGCUGUAUUAGAUGAUGUGAACUGGGAUGAGUUGAAGAUUGAGAGAAGCGAUGAGGGAACCGAGGGAUAUGUCGUUGAUUAAAUCAGCUUGUUUUGUCUUCAUUCAAAUCCCGCAAGUGAUGGCAAAUGGACAGCGCAUUGAACACGCCUGAACCGAGCAAUGAGUGUCGCGUGCUUUAAAAUGCUUUCCGAGG